AUGAGUGCUUGGGAAGAUAUCAGAUCUGUUGAUUUACGUUUUGUGACCGCUGCGCAAAAGCUUUACAGGACACCUUUGCAUUUGCGUGGAGCCUUUGAUGAUUUGCAAGGGGCCUGUGAUCUCGUUUCAGAAUUACUGAGCGCACAGCUGAGUCCAGACGUUCUCAAAGGGAUUGGACUCCAAUUGUACACAUGGAAGGAACGAAUGGAGGAGCACGGUCCUGGGCCAGUCGAUUUGCUGUGCAGGUCGAUUGCUGAGCGACCUUCAAAGAUUCAGCGGACAUCGCCGUCGGUGGGCGAGGUGUUUGAGGAGCUGGUGGCCGGAAGUCCGAGCAUCUCACUGGCGGCACUGAGUCGCGCUCUGAAAUCUCGGAGGCGUACAGGACAGUCUGCUGAAGAGCUAGAGCGGGCGCUCAAAGAGAAAUGGAGUUUGGUCCUUGUAAAAUUCAUUCAAGAGGCCGGUUUGCCUGUGUCAGAGCGAAUGGAAGCAAUCAAUGCAGAUAGCAAAGCCUGGAUCAGACUCUUCGGUGGAAGGAGGGGUAAGUCCUUGCGUAACAGAGCUAGAGAAUGGGCGACAUUCAGCGAGUGGCUGCAGGCAUCUCAUGGUGAGACAUGGCCUAGCAAUGUGGGACGCAUUUUGCGUUAUCUUGAAGAAAGGCAUGAGAUCAAGCCCAUAGGCAAGUCUGUCCCGAAGGCGCUUCUUGCUUCGGUUUCGCUGCUGGAAACGAUUGGCCAAGUUGCCCCUGACGCGAGAUUCAGUGGUGACCCUAUCCUAGUGGAGACAGUCCGUUCCUGGACAGCUGAUUUGGAGGCUGCGGCUCCGGGGGUCAGGCAGGCGCCGCUUUACACGAUCGCGAUCAUGCUGUCAAUGGAGCUGCUGCUCUGCGCAACUUCACAAUCUUUGGGACUGCGGUUUGUGGCAUUCUGUGGAUUGCUGUUGACUUGGUCAACCUUGCGAGCCGACGAUCUACAGCGUGUGGACUUGAAGUCGGAUCGUCGAGAUUUCCUCGGCCGUUGGUGCUAUGCGCAGCAUGGUUCACAGGACUAUAUCUUGACUUCUCGCCAGGUGGUGCGUGGCAUUCAGAAUCUGAUUUCAAAGACUAUCUUGGAAGGUAGUGCUGACGGAGGUUACAUUGAAGAGGAGGUUCUCGCUGGAGUGAAGCAAGCUUGUGCUGAUCUGGCGUUGGACCAAUCGGUCAUCCUUCGGAGGCAUAUGGUGUCCAAAUGGGACGCCGCCGCAAAAUGUUGGAAGCUCCAUGGGAAGUAUCCUCAUCUCAUGAUCCCCCCGGAGCAAUUGCAAGGGGCCUCUGGUGACAUAGAGGCUCAGUUGCCUGGACCUUUCCAUGCAUGGAGUGCUGAGGAGAGUCUUGGCGAGGCUCCUUACUUUGUGACUGUGUCACGCAAAGGUCACAGGCGGCUCCAUCUUGCUAAGGCAUGUGCCGUACGGCAGGAGAGAUGUCUAGAGACCAUUGGCAUUUUUACUUUGGAGGAAGCCGCUGCAGAUUCCAUUUGCAAGCUUUGCAAGCCCAAGUUGGCCAACGCUGCCAGCAGCUCAAGCAGUGGAUCUGAGGAUAGUAACAUCGUUGAUUUGCAGGCUGAGGCUCCAGCGGCUUCGGUGGCAUCAGGUGUGACGCAGGACGCUGCUCUGGAUUAUUUUGAGAAAAAUCUGACUACUGAGCUGCUCCACAUCUUUAAUGAAUGUGGGGUUCCUGUCGGGUUGCAGUACAAGCUUGGUCAGCACUUCAAGAACGUGAAGAAGUUCUCUACUUAUGCUGAUAGCAGGUCGGAUGUGAGAGCUGCACUUAAGGCAGAUCAUGCUCUUGAAGCCACCAACCAAGACACACGUGCAGCGGUGGCCUCAGUGGUUUCAGCUUGGGAGUCAUGCCGUGAGUUCAGUGCAAAGGAGAGUGAACUCAAAGCGGAAGCCAGAGUAUUGGGAGUCAGCCGGCCGAUCACCCAAACGGAGCAUCAAGCCAUGCGGAUCUCCUAUGAGAAAACUUUUGGCAGUCUUGAUGAAGUGGUUGAGCCGUCGGCUGAUUAUCUUUCGACUAAGAUGGAAGAAGUCGAGAAUGGUGAGAUUGUGGGAUCGCCGCUGUCGGGUGUCACCAGCAAACGCAAGGUGAAGACCCUCGGCGUACAAACCAGUGUCGACGCUGGAGGACACGUCAGGAUUGUUAAGCAACGUAACAAAGGAUCGUUGCCACAGAACACAGAAGAUCUUCGUACUGCUUUGCGCGUGGAAGGAAACACUUGGGUGUUCUUGGGAAGCAAAUACAAGAAUAAGGUCUUCUUCAAAGAUCUGACGCCGUCUGUCUGGUUUGAUUACAGCAAUUAUUUGUUGGGUGACAAAGUGUAUCUGAUGCAGAUCCCCUCGCCAUCAGGGAAAGGCAAGUCGGAGCAAGUGGCUUUGCGUCUUCCAUGGACUGUGAUGAUCAAUUACGAGUUUGAGCUUCGAAAGGAGGCCGUGAAACGUGCCUUUCGAGACAGUCGGGCUCUCAAGGACACGCUGGCGGAGGUGCAGAAUGAUGCCCAGCUAAAAGAGCAGUUCUUUACGUCACCGAUUGCGUUGCAGCAUCGUGGCAUGCCUGCCCCGAACACCUGGUAUGAACGUCCCAGUGGACGGCCGUGGAAAUGGCGUCGCAAUGACAAGGGACCUGGCAAAGGCAAAGGGAAAGAUUCCCACAAAGGGAAGGAUUCCCACCGGCAGAACCAAGGGUCCUGUCCUUCAGCUGUGCUGCGUUGUGAGUGA